CGACACUCGCGAAGCUUCCCAAACUCAAACCCGGUUGCACGUGCACUUCUGUCAUCAUUUGAGUUCUUAGCUGUCGGAAAAAGCGACAAAAUGAGGUCCAGUAUGCCAGGAAUAGAGUCCAUGAUGAAGGAUGGCACUCGGCACUUCUCGGGUGUCGAUGAGGUCGUCGUUCGGAACAUAGAAGCUUGCUCGGAGCUCGGACAAACGUUGACAUCGGCUUUCGGACCCAAUGGUCUGAACAAGAUUGUCAUCAAUCACAUCGAGAAGCUCUUCGUCACCAACGACGCCGCCUGCAUCCUCAACCAACUCGAAGUUCAACAUCCAGCAGCCAAAAUGCUCGUCAUGGCUUCGCAGAUGCAAGAAGCCGAAGUCGGCGAUGGAACCAAUCAAGUACUGAUGCUCGCUGCAGCUCUCCUCGCCGGUGCCGAAGACUUGUUGAGAAUGGGGAUCAAGCCCGUCGAAAUCGCCGAAGGAUACGAGAUCGCCGCCAAGAAAGCCCUGGAGAUCCUUCCCGAACUCUCAGUCGAUGAAAUCAAAGAUCCCAGAAACGAAACAGAAGUCAAGAAAGCAAUCCGCGCCGCUCUCAUGUCGAAGCAACUCGGCCACGAGGACUUCUUGGCUGACUUGGUCACGAAGGCCUGCAUUUCAAUCAUUCCCGAACAGACGACAUUCAACGUCGAUAACGUCCGCGUUUGUAAAAUUCUCGGCGCUGGAAUCACGCAGAGCAGCGUCAUCCCCGGAAUGGUGUUCAAACGUGUCGUUGAAGGCGACGUCACCAAGCAAUCGAAUGCGAAAGUUGUAGUCUUCACCUGUCCCUUCGAUUCGAUGCAGACAGAGACCAAGGGAACAGUCCUGAUCAAGAGCGCCCAGGAGUUGCAGGACUUCAGCAAGGGCGAAGAAGGCAUCUUGGAGGAGCAAGUCAAGGCCAUCGCAGACACGGGCUGCAAGGUUGUUGUGACCGGUGGUAAAGUCGGCGAGUUGGCUCUCCAUUAUCUGAACAAAUACAAUCUCAUGGUCGUCCGGCUGCCAUCGAAGUUCGACGUACGACGAGUUUGUAAAAUCGUCAACGCUACCCCCUUGCCCAAGCUGUGCACGCCGACCCCAGAAGAUCUCGGUCUCUGCGACUUGGUGUACGUCGACGAAAUCGGAGACACUCCGGUCGUAGUCUUCAAGCAGGAAGGCCGCGAGAGCCGGAUCGCGUCCGUGAUCAUCCGAGGAUCGACCGACAACUACAUGGAUGACGUCGAAAGGGCCAUCGACGACGGUGUGAAUAAUUUCAAAGCUCUGACCCGGGAGGGACGUCUAGUCGCCGGUGCGGGAGCCUUCGAGAUCGAAUUGGCUCGCCGUAUCCAAGCUUUCGGCGACACCCUACCGGGCAUGGAGCAGUACGCCGUCAAGAAAUUCGCUGACGCCGUAGAAUGCGUCCCGAAAGCUCUUAGCGAAAAUUCAGGCAUCAAACACAUGGACAUCCUGACGAAGUUGCAGGCGGCUCACCACGAAGGCAAAACCAACGUCGGUUUCGACAUCGAUGGAAGCAACGAUAGUGGAUUCUUGGUUGAUGCUGUGGAGAAGAAGAUUUUCGAUCUCUUGUUGACGAAGCAAUGGGCUCUGCGGUACGCCGUGGACGCCGCGACGACUGUUCUCAAAGUCGAUCAGAUGAUCAUGGCGAAGGCGGCAGGUGGCCCGAAACCGAAAGAGAACAAGAACUGGGACGAAGACUGAGUGAAGUCGCUCGUGUUGGUAUAACUUAUAUUGAAUAUAUGAGCUAAUCAUCAGCCAUCGUCUACCAUUUCGUGUCCGAGAAAGAAUAAAAGAUCCUCGGCGUGGUAAUUCACUGAGUGAGACUUCU